UUGUAUGACGUUUAUUGUCCCUUGCUGGUGUUGUGUUACGCGACUAUUAUUUUUUGUUCUUCGCCGCGAAACGUUCCAAAGUGCAAUCUGAGGCGCGCGUGUAGACUCAGUGACAGUUACGCUUACCAUUUGCUUGUUCUUCACCCAAUUAAAUCUUAGUCGUUUAAAUCUGAUAGCUCCGCUGCAAGGCAAUCCACUGAAGAGCGUUGAUAAGCGGGGGUUGGUUUAGGGGUGACAUAACUGUUUAAAUAAAGUACGAAGGCAUCCACGGAAAGUUUGAGAUUACAUCCCAGCCAUGUGGUGUGGGGAUUGGAGCAAGCUACCACAGGACUGCAUCCGCAUACUGGGCGCACAAAAUGGCCCUGUACAAGAGCAGGAUGCCACUAGUCUACUGUAUACACUUGGGUCUCACCAGGACAGAAACAGUCAUCUUGUUCGGCUCGCCUGUCUAGGUCCCUAUCUUUUUGGGUCCACCUUUUUCAGCAAGGAUUGUGAAGUAUGGGCCAGGAGUGCAGGGAUAUACUUCGACCCUUCAAAGCUAGUGGACAGCAACAUGAGUGCUGAAGUUCGUGAAGCAAUCAUGGUUCUUGACACAUUUGCAUACCAUAUAUCAUUCGUCCUCGACAUUUGCAACAUGAGCGAGUGUACGCCCAGCACGACGCUACAUAUGGCCGAAAAACACAAGACAUUUCUCACGGACUUCGACAAGGAGGCACAUUACUCCGCUCUUCGGAAAAUGGUGGAAGCUUCCGACUUCUUUCAGCUAUUUCGGAAGAAACUGACAACGUCACUCGGAGAAGAGCAGAUUCUGGCCUGUUUCAUGAUAGCCCUGAAAGUGUCACUUGCUCAUUGCCACGGGGCCCUGGACACCAUGUUGACUUACAUAAGGUGGGACAGCGAGUCUAAUCUAAAGGGGAGUCGUGCAGACGAGCUCAAGCAAUGCGGAAAUAUAAAAUACAAGGAAAAGGCAUAUCAGGAGGCUUUUGUAUACUACACGAACGCGAUUGUAGAUAUGCGCUUCAGCCACAUCUUGUACAGCAAUCGAGCACUGAGUGCACUCCAACUACAGAAGUUCAAGGAGGUGGAACUGGACGCUCGCCGUGCUGUAAUCCUCCAGCCGAAUUUCGGGAAGGGCUACUUCGAGAUGGCGCAAGUUUAUGCAAGUACGAAGCAGAAUAGUCGGGCAGAGAAGGUUUUAGACUACUACAUCAAGCGAUGCAACUUAAUGUCUCUCGAGUUCAGUCGUGAGAUCCAGGAUCUUUUCAAUAAGCUGAGAGAAGGUGAAAAAACCGAAAAUGGGAAAGCAGAUACCAAGGACAAUCAACCAGCAAGUGGCAAGCCAAAGGCAAAACCUGCUGUUCCGGAUUUGGUGUCUGACUCUGAUUCCGAUGAAGCAACACCACCUCCGAAACAAUCCAAACCCCCCACUAAUCAGACACCAUUUGAUACCGACAACGAAAUGAAGGACAUCUUAAAAAAAUCCUGCGAGGACCUGGUUGGUGGCCUGUACCAGGUAGCGCUACAAGGUUUCAAGAAAGUGUUGUCCCAGAAGCCAAAUCUAACGGAGCUCGAUGUAGUGCUCGUGGAAUACGCUGCUGGCUGUGCAUUGCUUGGAAUGGGGUCCCUAGAGGAUCUGAAAAACUCGGUCGAAUAUUUUCUUGGAAUUGUGAGUAACCACAAGGACAUCGUCUUUCCUCUGGCGUACUAUGGUGUCUCGAGGGCCCUGAUCAAAAUGAACAGAUUCUCUGAGGCACUGCCGCACAUUGAAAAGUGUUUGAGUAUCCUUCAAAAGGGCAUCCAAUUCAGCGAGGCCCUGUUAUGGCCCGAGACGAAAACGAAGGUCGACAAUGCGAAGAGGCCCCAACUUCAGAAAGCAAUGGAGGAGAUGCAGGUGCUGUGUCGGGCACCGCCCAAAUGGGACGCCAUGUGUUGCUACGAGGCGUGUCCACUGCAGAAAAGCAUCUACUAUAGUGAUCCCGACUUCAAGGGCUUCCAGCAGGUGCACUGUGCAUCCAAGUGCCUUGUUCAAUACCACCCUGCGUGCUGGAGGGAGUACAGGGAGUCCCGCAAUCUAACAGAAAAGGGCUUCCUGGGUGAGGCGUGCCCAACUCCAGACUGCUGCAGUGCUGUCAUAAAAGUUGAAGCCAUUGAAAAAGACGGCACAAUUGGCAAGCAGUUUGUCCACAAUCAACUGCUUGUUGAGACUGCGCCCAAACAGAAGAAGACGAAGAAGGAAAAGAAGCUGGAACAACGAGAACAGAAGAAACAGCAGCGCCGUGCCGCUGACCCUGGCACCAAGCAGCCAACGAACGAUAAAGAUGAAGAUGUGCUUUGCUGCAGAUCAGUGCCUUCCUGCGAGUCGACAGGCGCCGCUGUUGAAGACAUGCCAAAGGAACCCUCGGUCGAACGGGCCAAGCCACCCAAGGUGCAACCAAAGCCGUCCUCCGAACAAGCUGCGCCUGCCACUUCCGAGCAGGCAGAAGCUGCUCAUCCAGUGCAGCGUGAUGCCCAGUAUGUAUUGAAGAAAGACGAAGACAUUGAUGAGGACAUUCAGGUGGACGGGAGAGCCAAGAAGUGGAAGAGGAAAAAGAACAAACCCAUCCGAGUCUUGGAGCUGGAACCCAGUGACAACCUUUAUUCAGAAUAUCAGGAAAGGAUCCGGAGACUGGCAGAGUACAAGAACCUCGUUGAAGAGCAUGGUUACUGGAAGGACUUCUGCCAUAAGCAGAAAGAUAUGAUUCCAGAGCUUGAUCCAGAGAAUCCGUUCUACAUUCCGGAAGGUCUUCGGCGCAACGAAGCUGCCCUGGAGGCAGUCCUUCAACAUCACGGCGGUGAUCACACCGAGGAGAGCAGCGACAUCAAUGAGACCAUUUACCAGCUGUUCGAGGACUUGAUUGAGAGCAAGGGCCCACUAUCAAUUCACGACAAACUGCUGGCGAGCGAGGUGAUGAACUUCCUGAGCCUGCCCAGCGGACGGUUGCGCGAGGGGGUGGCCUGCAGAGCUUUCCUGCUCCGGUCACUGCGUUUCACCUUUGAUGGAGACAUGGUUUACACCAUGCGCAUGAGACCUCGGCGCCCCUGCUCUCACAAGUCGGAUGAGAUAUCACUGCCAGACGAUGGCUCCGAUUACGAGGACGACGACGAAUUUGUGGAGAGUGAUGAGGAAGAAGAGCGCGGUGCGGAAGCGGCCAAUGAAUACGACUCGUCUCGGUACAUCGAAACGAUGCGCCAAGUUAAUUCUACGCCCAGCGCAAGUGUUGCUAGUGGCGACUCUACACCCAAUCCCAGCACAGCUUUGAUGAAAGCCAUUGCCAAUUGCAACUUGAAUCCCAACGCCACGGCCUUUGAACUGCCUCUCGACAACCUGGCCACUGGUUCGCAGAGUGGCGAUGCUCAGCUGCCGAGUUCUUCUACAAUUGAAAAGAGAGCGUUGCCAUCAGCGGCUGCAACAGCAACACGCACCGACACAGGCCGCGAAGUAGUGGUGCAGAAAAUUCUCUCUGAGCUGCCACCAAAGCAGCUGGGCGAGAGCCUCAUUCUGGCAGUGAAUUCCUUCCGGGGUCCGCUGUCAUCAGAGACGUUGGCUUCAAUAAACAGUGGCCUGGAGCACUGCAAGCUGUGCAACAAAACUGGAAUGCAGGACCUGUGUGUCCAAGUGGAUCAGUCGGCAGAGUAUUUGGAGGAACGGGACGCCCUGCUCGAACGAUGCGAGAUGCUUACAUACGAAAACGCUCGCAUCAAGGAGCAGUAUGAGAGUGCCUUGGACUGCAACAUGCAGACGAACAGUAAACACACCGUCGAAACCAGCAAGUACAAGGAGAAAAUAGAAGAGCUGAACAAGGAACUGCAGGCCUCAAGACAGGCUGCAAAGAAGAACAAGCUGGAAUCGGAUGCCGAGAUCAAGAAGUUGCAACAGGAACGCGUGAAACUCAUGGAGGAGAACAAGCUUCUCAAGACUAGCAGGAACGAGGACAACAUAAAAGAGACUCUGGAGAAGGCCAUCACGGAGUUUACAAAAAUGAAGUCUAAAUGCGACGAACUGGAAGAAACUUGCCUGGCGCUCGAAGAGGCGUCUGACAGUGCUUUGGAAAGGGCAAAGCGUGCGGAGAUACGCAUACUCGAGACUGCUCUCAAGUGGGGCCUGGAGAGGUUCGAACAAUCCAAGAAGCACGUGCAAAAAGUCUUGAAAGAGAUGGAAGGCCUGAAAGCCUCUCUGGAUCCCAACAGCCUGGCCGAGCUGGUACGGAAGGAGAGGCUGGCUGACCUGUACAUGAAAGAGUGGAAAAAGGAAUACGAGCAGUUCCAGCGAAAGGUCCAAGACCAUAUAGAGAAAGUCGAGAAAGGCCAAGCCCUGGCUGACCUUGAGGUCAUAGACCUUCCUGCCAAGCCGGAUUUCGAAAUUCCACUUCCGAAGCCAUCGGUCCUUCCGCUUUCAAGACCGCAGGCCCCGCGACCGCAGGCCCCAAGGCCGACGUUCCCACCACAGCAGGACAUCUCUAUGGCAGUCAAACCUAGGAUGCCGAGCUUCCCAGCACAAGCGCCUCUAUUUUCGCACCCUUCGGGGAUUAUGCUGCCUUUUACUGUUCCUGCUCCUGGGCCCAAGCCUGCUCCUGGGCCCAAGGCCCUGCCUCCCGGGCUUGACAUUCCGGCAGGAGCCCGGGCUCUGUCCAGCAGCGCAACAGCCAAGCCGGUCAACAUUGCUGCCUUAGGAACUCCUGCUGGCCCUGGCGUGGACUAUUAUUAUAUUGCAACUUCAGCUCCGAUUCCCACUGGUAACGGCGAAGUUGCAUUGGGAGCUGCCACACCGGCCAGGACAUCUCCGGGCUAUCCCACUGCUGCCAGCCGACCGGCUGAAAAGGCGGUGAACGAGGCACCCGGCCAGUUACAUCGAAGUGAGAAGCUUAUGCAGAAGCUCAUGGAAAAGCACCCCCGUGUCCCUCUGGAGGAAAUCAGGGCUGCGCUCAAGCGUGUUUACGUGACCAAGGGCUUCAAAGGCCUAACCAUUGCCGACAUCAUAAAGGAAACAUCGGAUGUCUUGCACGACACAUUUCCACAUGCCCGGGCAGCAAGCAUCGAGGGCAAAGAGGAGCACAAACUGCCAGCCAGAGCACCACAACAGCCCAAACCACGACCGGUGCUCACGGCAUUGCGGCCAAGCCAGUCGGCCGUGUUGCAGCCGCAACGGCCGCCCCCUGUGGCUCCGCCGCCGAAGACUUGGACCAGCCAGCACGAGGCGGGGCAGACAUGGAGUGGACGCUCCACCCAGUGCAGCAUUUGCCUGGAGGAUCUGCACGCUGACAGACAGGAGAUUCGCGCAUUGUCAUGCCGUCACUGCUUCCACGAACAAUGUCUGAAAGAAUGGUUCAAGACGGAGCGCACUUGUCCCAACUGCCGUUCUUAUACUCUGACGGACGCGGAAUUCCCAACUUUGGGAUCAUGACCAUCUCAAAUGGAGACUAUUUUUUUACAUAAUUUGUCGCAUAUCAGUUGCGGUAAAUAUUACACUUGUGGCCUUUGCAAGUUGCAAUAAAUGGCUUUUUUUUAUUACAAGCA